AUCUUUUAGUUUGCUGUUUGUUUUGGUCCCCCUUCCCAAAAAUGGUCACGUUCAGUUAUCAAGUGAUCGUUUUGAAAACUUCUUGUGCCAUUUUUCACCUCUUUUCCCACUUUUCGUCUCUACGAUUUUAGCUAUCAUCAUCAACGCAGAGAGAAUCAGAUUCGAUUUUUGUUGUGAUGAAGUAGAGAGAGAGAGAGAGAGAGAGAGAGAGAGAGAGAGAGAGAGGAGUACACUGGCGAUUUGUAAAGUUGGUUAUGCCUGUCGUCCAAAGCUUUAACCAGAGAUCAAUCAUUGAAUGCAAAGAGAUACAACUAUUAUAAAGGCGCCCUUUCAAUUUCUCAUCAAGAAAUUAUCUGCUUGGAGAGAAAUGCUUGAAAUGGCAGCAAGUUUGGAGAAAGGAAUUGAGUGGCUGAGGCCCCUCGUCAACAAUCAGCCAUGGGAUUACUGUGUGAUUUGGAAGCUGGGCGAUGAUCCCUCGAGAUUUAUUGAGUGGGGGGCGUGCUGUUGCAGUAGUGGAAGAAGUGGUGAUGGGGUCAAAAUUAUGGGUGUUAAUCUGAUUGAUGAAUGCAAGGAUAGUUUGAUUAAGCACCCGAUUACGAGUAAUGCUUGCAGGAAGCUUGCUCACUUGCCCUCUGCCAUUCCUCUGUAUUCAGGGGUUCAUGGAGAUGUUGUAAUGUCGAAACGGGCGAGGUGGACGACUGCUCGGAGCAACGACGAUGAUGAAUCAAAUGGAACACAAGUCCUCAUCCCGGUAACGUGGGGUUUAAUCGAACUCUUUACCUCUAAGCAUGUACCAAGAGAUCAGAAGACCAUCGACUACAUCUCUGCUCGUUUUAGAGGCACUCUCAAACAAGAAAGCGUGGAAAGUAGUUAUCAAUUAAACUUGCCCCCUUGGUUGCACUAUCCAAAUCUUGGUUGCCAAAUGUCCCAACCAAAAAACUAUUCUAGCUUUGAGGGAUCGUCCACUUGUUCCAGUCUUUCGAACGAGCAUCAGGUACUCCAACUAGGCCCUGAUCAUCGCACAUUAAGUGAGAUGUCGAAGGAGAAGUCAAGCAAGGGUAAUGUCGAAUUACCAAGAUUGAGAAGGAGAAAGUGCGCAGAUCUGGCAUUGAGUAAUAAUGGCGAUGAGAAAGUAGGCGCGAAAACUAGGCGGGUGAUGGAAAGGGGACCUUUCUUGUCAAAGAAUCUUAUGACUGAGAGAAAUCGGAGGAAGAGGAUCAAAGAUCGGGAGUAUGCUCUUCGUGCACUAGUCCCAAACAUCUCCAAGAUGGAUAAAGUUGGUACAUUGGUUGAUGCAGCUGAUUACAUAAAGGAGUUGGAGGUUUGUAUCAGAAAAUAUAACCAAGAACUCAAAGCAUUAGAAGAGGAAGACCGCAACGAGGUUAAUGCCACAGCAGAAUGUCCGUUGUUGGUGAGGGAUUGUGCAGAUAAGAAGGGUAGUGCAAGUGAAAACACCGCAAUCCUGGUGGGAGUUGAAGUGUUCCAACUCGGGGUGAAAGAUUUCUUGGUGAAGGUUAUAAGCAAGCAAAGGCAGGGUGCCUUUUCACGGUUGAUUGAUGCCAUUGGUUGCCUAGGACUUGAGGUUGCAGAUGUCAAUGUCUCCACACUCCAUGGCUUGGUGUCCAAUGUUCUCACUGUGGAGGCUAUGAGAGCAGACUUAGAUCCAAAUGCUUUGAAGCAUUCAUUGUUUGAGCUGGUUAAAUAGAAAUGCAACAACAGCUACAGAUUUGCAGAAAAGGUGGAAGAUGAUUUUUUCUGCCAUUUAUACAUGGUUGGAUGAUUCAUCCUUUAACUACAUAGAAUCUACUUAUUUUGCUACAAAAAGGUUGAUUUCAUCAAGAUUGUAGACUACCAUUUAGUUAUGAUUAUGUUAGAAAUUCAAGUUCAGUUUGAGUUGGAAGCUUCUUGUUAACUACUCCUACAUUGAUGGAUCUCGAAAUGCACAAUUCAUUUACUAGAAUAAAUACAAAUUCACAAAAUUUGGAGUUAUAAUCAUCUUACAGAUACUGCUACACAAUUAGGGAAGAUACAAAUGAAAAUCUGAUACACCUUAUGAUUAACUAACUAGUGAACAAUAGCUUUCUGCCUAUCAACACUCGUCAAUCUGGAGCUUGAUUGCUUCACCUGGAAGACUGUAUGCGUCGUUUGUUUGCAGUUGCGUAUGUAUCAAAUACUUACUAGAUUAGUUUCAUGGCAAUGAAGGUAACAAUGUUUGUUUGUAUCCCUUCUCUGCUUCAGCCCCAGCAGAUGGAUAGAAGACAAUACAGAGCAAAUAAAAUGCUAGUACUACUGUGUUUCUCUCUCUAUAUAUAUAUCAAUUAAUAAACCGAGUAACUACAGAAAUCCUCAAACUAUAAUUGCGAAUUAAAGCAAAGCACCCCUGCUCCUACCAUCAGAAAUCAAUAGCAAAUGAAUAGAUUAAUGUAGAAUCAGGUUAACAAUAUUUGAAGCCUUUGUGCUUGUGCUCGAUCCUCGAUCUGUAACAACAAGGCCCUCGCAAUGGAAUUGACCAUUAAUUCAUUAAACCGCAGCCGAUCCACAGGGAGAGGCGGUUUUCUUGCCGACCACUUCUUAUUACUAUCAUCCAUUCUCCACCAAUCCAAACUAAACAAAUAAAUUACUACGAAACAAUACCAAUGAACCAGCAGAGGAUCUUGUUGUAUGAGUGGGGUAUCCGGCUACAACUUUCUAAUUGCUUGUGGAGAGACCUAUUUUUGAGACCAUUUCCAGAGCAUUGGUGUUCUUUGUAAUAUGGCAGAAAGUAUGUGGCUGAUUCAGGAUGUGUUAUUUAUAUGCCGAGACAUUUUUUAAGGCUCUGUCCGUUAUAUUUGGGAUAGUGUCCCUACAUAUCCGAGUGGCAUUAUAGGAUUUCUGUUAUGCUCAACUGUUGAUUUUGUAUUGAUAAGUUGGAUGGUGGUCUUGACUACAGAAGGGAGAUUAUAUUUUACAACUGCGAGACUAUUUAUCUGCCACUGAAUUUGAUACACGCACGUCCAGAGCAGAGCCAUUAUGAAUGUAAGAGAUCAUUUUUAUCCCAAAUUUUCAUGGUGCUGAUUGCAAUCUAUACUCGCAAAGACACUCAGCUACGGUUUUGCUUAUUUGCAUUGCCAUCUUUUGCAAGGACUAAGGAGGGAGGUAGAAGCUCUCCGGUGUUGAUCAACCGUCUUCACAAUUAGUAUGUCUGUAGCUGGUUUUGUGCAUAUAAUUAAACAGGGAGAUGGUGCCUGAGUGAGGAUGUAUUAUUCAAUUUAGUACUAUGAGGUUUGGAUUUGGUUGUGGAUGAUUUGCUGCUUGCUAUGGUGUAUGUAGCAUUCAAUAAAUUCAUCAUCUGGUAACCUGAAUUGCUAUUGGGAUGGCCAUACUUCUUUAAUACGAGUAUUAAUUUUGUUUU